CAGGAUCUGGUUGUUACAGGGCAGAAUAUAGAGAUAACCCAACUUCCGGAAACCAUAUCGGUGAAAGCUGGAGAGACCCUCACUCUAAAGUGUACACUGUCUGCAAAAAAAUUAUUCGAAAACAUGCGGUGGUACAAAGGGCUGGACAGAAGCCAGCCCCCCAUUUACAGUGAUAAUCAAGGAGCUUCCAACCGGGGGAUCAGGGUCAUCCCAGGAUCCAACACAGACUUCAGCAUCAACAUCCAAAAUGUCCAGCCUGAAGAUGCCGGGACCUACUAUUGUGUGAUAUUCGUGCCAUGGGUCCAAGAGAGAGAGCUGGCUUCGGGAAAAGGCACUCUGGUCUCUGUAAUUGCCAAGCCAUCCCAGCCUGUGGUUCUUGGCCCCACACAAAGAAUCACAGCAGGGUCUCAGGCCUCCUUCAGCUGCUACUCAGAGGGAUUCUUCCCCUCAGAGAUCACGGUCAUCUGGUUGAAGGAUGGGAAAAAAAUACCAGCUGCCCAGACCAACAUCCUGAAUUCUGAUGAAAAGCGGAGCAUCUCCUACCGAGCAGAGAGCAGGGUGGAAAUCCCGCUGGAGGAAGGCGACGUGAAGUCUCAGCUGACCUGUCAGAUUCAACACAGAUCGUUGGAUGGUCCUCUCCAGCAGACCUUUGCACUUGGGAAUAUCCUAAGAG